CUUUGACUCACGCACGAUCAUGGCAUAUCGAGGAAAAAGGUGACUGUCCGAUGGGCCAUAUAUAAGGAUCGUCCAGAGCGCGAAAAAGGGACGCGAUCUCACUCCUCCCUUCUAUUCUUCUCCCCAUCCCGAUCAUCCUCAUCGCUUCCCUGUCUCUUCCACUUUCUUUAGACAGCAAAAGAAAGGACAUCGACACAAAUCAAGCAUGUCAUUCUUCGCCCUAUCUCGCCGUUCUUUCGGCUCUUUGAACGCAGCCUCCUCCUCAAUGGCCCGCACCUACUCCACAAAGGCACCUCCAACCUGGGCCUCUCUCCCACCAUCCAAGCAGCGCCUCAUCCCAACUUCAGGCAUCUACCCCAAAGGCUUUCUCGUCUCCGGAAUCUCAUCCUCGGUCAAAAAAUCUGGCGCCAAGGACCUGGCUUUGAUCACAUCUCCCACCUACCCAUGCUCUGCUGCAGCUGUGUUUACUAAGAAUGUCUUCCAGGCUGCCCCUGUGGUUGCCUCAAAGGAGAGGCUGCAGAAUAACGGAGGUAAGGCCAUUCACGGCAUCGUGACCAACUCAGGUUGCGCCAAUGCCGUUACCGGUGCGAAGGGUCUGGAAAACGCAAAGGAAAUGCUGGAAGCCCUGGAUUCACUCACGGGUCACAAGCACUCAAGUCUGGUCAUGUCGACAGGCGUGAUCGGACAGCACCUGAAAAUGGAUAAGAUCUUGCAGGGCGUCAAGGACUCAAAGAGCCAUUUGGGAGAUCAGCAUGAGCAUUGGAUGGACUGUGCACAGGCAUACAUGACCACAGACACGUUCCCCAAGCUGCGAUCCAAGGUCUUCCAGUUACCAGAGUCCAAGGUCGAGUAUCGGAUCGCAGGUAUCACCAAGGGUGCUGGAAUGAUCCACCCGAACAUGGCCACGCUUUUGGGAACCAUUGUAACGGAUCUGGGAGUCGAGCCAGGCCUGCUGCAGUAUGCUUUGAGUCAUGCGGUCGAUCGGUCGUUCAAUGCAAUCAGCGUUGAUGGCGAUAUGAGCACCAACGAUACAGUCGCGCUGUUGGCGAAUGCGGGAGCGACAGAGGGCAAGGUCGUGGUGGACAAGAUUUCGAGCAAGGACUUUGAAGCAUUCAGGGAGAAUUUGACCGAAUUUGCGCAGGAGCUGUCGCAGCUGGUGGUCAGGGAUGGAGAAGGAGCAACAAAGUUCGUCAAGGUUUCAGUCGAGGGUGCGCCUACGUUCGAGGCAGCCAAGACUGUAGCCUCGACUGUCGCUACAUCUUCGUUGGUCAAAACGGCGCUCUAUGGUCAGGAUGCCAACUGGGGCCGUAUUCUCUGUGCGGUUGGAUACUCUGGUGUGAAGGAGAUUGAUCCUAAAAAGGUGUCGGUUUCGUUCAUCCCCACGGAUAACUCGACACCCUUGAAGCUACUUGUCAAUGGAGAACCCGAACAAGUGGAUGAGGAGCGCGCGAGCGAGAUUUUGAAGAUGGAGGACCUUGAAAUCCGGGUGGAUCUGAACCUAGGCACAGAGAAGACUGCGUAUUGGACCUGCGAUCUGUCGCAUGAAUACAUCUCGAUCAAUGCUGAUUAUCGGUCAUAGUCUACUAAUGCUUCAAUAAAUAUCUUGUGCUGACGGCGGAAAAUGUAAAC